AUGCAGGAAAUGAGCCAUGCGAAGCUUGGCCUGAUUGCUCGAGUACAACUUUCGCUGGUUGGCAUUACCCACGGCAUUCGUGAUGCUGCCCAACUGAGCGUGGAAGCAAUCAAAAAGAUAGACAAAAAGCUCGAAACGCUAGGCGAUUCAGUGCCAAAGUUCGACAACGGGAUGAUUAGCGUAUCCCAAGAGGACCUGAAUGACCUCCUCAGCAGACAUGGUGUUACGCUCCAGUCCGAGCCCGAAUCUGGGGCUAGUACUCCGCGUCGGGCCGAGAAGACCGUCAGGCGAAACAACUUCUCGCAAGAAGCAUUUGUUGUGACUGGCCCUCAGUGCCCGAAAGAGUUAGGUCCGUGGCGUGAUACUAACUACUUCUUCGAGGAUAACGAAGCGAAGGGGUGGGUUCUUGGUCGUGCUCAAAAUGAUAUGGAGGCUCUGAGGAUAAUGGCCAUGGCCAGGGUUGAGAGUGACAAAGCCCGGUACAGAAAUGAUAUCAGUACAUGA